ACUGUAACAGUAGUUUAGUAACAACGCUACAAAUGCAAUGACUGUACGCUCCCUAUUGUGUGCCAAACAAACUGAAAACAAAAUUGUUUGCAAUAAUUGAUUACAAUAUUUGUCACACAAUUAGCAGUUUAUUAAUCAAUUGAAUUGAAUUGAAUUAGUGGUCGAAAUGAAGUUUAUAAGUUUAUCGGGAAAUGCGUGCAAACCGUGUAAUGCAAUCAAAUUCAAGUCAACACUUGUUAUGCUUGACUGCGCUCUCGACACCACUACUAGUAUGGCUUUCCUCCCGUUACCACUCGUCCACAGCAAUCACUUGUCAUCGCUUCCCAAUUGGACACCGAAGGACGUGAAAGAUCCGCAACUCGAGAAUGAAUUCAAAGAGUGUUGCGGUCGUGUCUUCAUUGAUAGUGCGCCCGAGUUUUGCAUACCAGAGACAUCAACCAUAAACUUGAAGCACGUGGAUGUCAUCCUAAUAUCAAAUUAUCAGUCGAUGUUAGCCUUGCCAUACAUUACUGAGAGAACUGAAUUUAAAGGUAUAGUUUACGCCACAGAACCGACGCUACAGAUCGCCACCCAAUAUAUGGAAGAAAUUGUUAAAUACAUUGAAAGGACACCCAAAUCAAAACAGGCGUCGCUCUGGAAGAAGAAUUAUAAACAUAUUCCUCUAGUUGUCAAUGUGGACACCGCUCACAAUAGUAAACCUAUUUUAUGGCAACAAAUGUAUUCAACGAAGGAGUUCAACAAUUCAUUAGCCAAAGUCAAAGUGAUUGGAUUUUCUGAACAAAUUGAUAUAUUUGGUUCAUUACACGCUCAACCCAUGAGUGCUGGUUAUUGUAUUGGUUCCUGCAAUUGGACUAUUAGUAGUAAUCACGAAAAGAUUGUUUAUUUGUCUAAUUCAUCGACUCUAACAACUCAUCCGAAACCCAUGGAUCACAUCCCACUACGAAAUGCUGAUGUUUUAAUAUUAAAUAAUUUGAGUCAAACACCACACGUUAAUCCAGAUUCAAUGUUAGGAGAAUUUUGCAUUAAUAUAGGAAAAGCUCUUCAAAUUGGUGGCAAUGUAUUGAUUCCAUGUUAUUCUUCAGGAGUUAUCUAUGAUCUGUUUGAGUGUUUGGCACUACAUUUAGAGCAAAGCGGACACCUAUCAGUUCCCAUGUAUUUUGUUUCGCCAGUAGCUGAACACUCAUUAGCCUACUCUAACAUAUUAGCCGAAUGGUUAACAAGCAAUAAACAAUCGCGUGUUUACAUUCCUGAAGAGCCAUUUCCUCACGCAGCACUAGUACGCGGAGGAAGACUCAAACAUUUUAAAAGUAUUAGUCUCGACUCAUUCAAUACCGAAUUUAAAACUCCAUGUAUUGUAUUCACUGGUCACCCGUCCUUACGUUUUGGUGAUGUCGUCCAUUUGAUUGAGUUGUGGGGCAAUUCUUCCAACAAUCUAAUUGUAUUUACCGAACCUGACUUUCCAUAUAUGGAAGCACUGGCCCCAUAUCAGCCCUUACAGAUGCGUGUUGUCUACUGUCCAAUUGAUACGAGUCUUAACUUUUCUCAAGCAAAUAAAUUGUUACGCGAUUUAAGACCCAAGAAUUUAAUUAUACCUCAAUGUUAUACAACUCCUCCACCAUUUCUUAAGCACAGAACAGAUCUGGUGAUUGAUUGCGAGGCAACCAUUUUCUCGUAUAAACGAAAUAAUGUCAUUAAAUUACCGCUUAAACGAUCAUUUGAACGAAUCGAUAUUGACUCUGAUUUGGCAUCAAAUUUACUGCCAGUACAAGUACGUCCAGGCGUUAGCAUCGCAACUGUCACCGGAUCUUUAUUAGCCAAAGAUAACAAAUUUAAACUACAAGUAUUGUCUAAAUCACAAAUACAUGAGUUGUCCAGUGAAUCGCCAACGCAUACAUUACCACCCGUUCACUAUACUUGGGGUUCAAUCGAUUUGCAACUAUUUAUGUCAUUAUUAUCAAAGGCUGGUAUAUAUGACGCUGUGAUCGACCAAAAUUCAAACGGAUGUGUAGUUCAUAUCAGAUCUCAUGAGACAGUGGUUGAGAUGGAGGAGAACUCGACGACAAUAAUUUGUGACUCGAAUUCAAUACGAUUACUCUUGAGAGACAUGAUAUCUGAAUGUCUUAAAAGGGUUUAAAGGCAACAAACCUACCAAACCUAACAUUCCCAUCAAGUUAUUGGCACUAAUCAGACUAAUAUGUAUAACAGGCUAUAGCGCAUGCAAUGAUAUGUCUAAUUGAUGUUGAAAAAGGUACCAAAGGUGAUAAUAGAAUAUAGUAAACAAUUUAGUCCUUUAUAGUGAUGCACGUGCAGCCAAUGUGUGGUCUAUAGCCUAAUAGCCUAAUCUGAGUGGUGUUUAAGCACUGGUUGUCUGUCAAACACAACUCUCCUCAUUUGGUGCUUUCCUAUCACACUAUCAACACAAUUGUAUACUAAUGGCUAAACACAUUUGUGAUGAGCUGUUUAUCUAAAUAUCCCAUUAAAAAAUCAAUUAUUAUUUUGUCACUCAACAAAUUGUUGUCUGUUUUUGAAAACAUGAAAAUUUCAGUUAUCGGAAAAUAACGGCUCGACUAACAAGUUAUGUAUAUAUCAUAUAAAUCAUGAAUUUUUACUAAAUAUUUCUCAUAUCGUAUAUCUAUAAUAUAUGUUUUAUAUCUAAUAUC